AUGAGAUUUAAAAUACCGAAAUGCAAAUUCCAGUCCAAUUGUGCCAUUGAUAUAGUGAUGCGGCGAAUGUGCGCUUUCUGUCGGCUAAAUAAGUGCAUUGAAUGCGGAAUGAAAAAGGUGAGCUCCCGGACACACCUACCACCCCAACCCACACCUGACACCCACACUAAUAAUUACCAUCAUAACCACACUGACCAAAUUGACCAUAAUAACCAAACUGACCAUAAUGAGCAUGGUACUAAUAAUUACUAUAUAAAGGAGUGGAUCUGGAAUGACGAGGCGAAAGAGUGUCGACGCAUGAAGAUUGAACAGAACCGCAACAAACGCACCUACGAUGACACUAUGGAUGGCGAACUGGUGACUAUGCACGACAUACUCUACGCGUUGGACACCAAAUGCGUGGAAGAGAUCCGCAAUAUUAUACGUUUGUCCAAAAUGUUGAUCGGCUUUAACCACAUCUGCAAUGAGGACCGCAUUAAACUCGUUAAGCACUCAUGCAUUCAGAUUUAUACCAUGCGUUCGGCCGCCUAUUACGAUGUGCACAGCGAGAGCUGGAAUAUUAAGCUAGAUGGUCGCAAUACAGUAAUGCUUAGACUGGAAAAUAUCCGCACAAAUUCAGAGUCAGUUUAUUCCCGACUUAAAGAGUAUCUAAAAGUAUUGAAGUAUGAAAUGGAUUCCGACCACAGAGUCCUUGAUUUGAUGACCGCUAUUGUUCUAUUUAAUCCCGAUCACGACGAUUUAGUUGACAAAGAAACUAUCAAAAUGGAGCAAAAAAUAUACAUGUAUUUAUUGAAACGGUAUUUACACCUGAAAUAUUCGACAACAUGCGAAGCGAACGGACGAUUUCUGAACCUAUUGAACACAUUUACCGACUUGUUUUACUUGGAGAAUAGGGUCCGUCAGAAUUUCCUUAGUUUCCGGGCCAAUCAGUUCCAUCCCGUUAUAAAUCCCGAUUUUAAUGACACUAAGAGACAUAAGAUUGACCAUAAAGUAAUCACUAUUGAUUCCGAGUCGGCGCCUGCCAUCGAGACACGGAAUUUAUUAUAA